UGGCUUUGCGGCCAGAGAUGCAGCGUACCUGUGAAUGUACCGAUCCUACUUGCUGACGCCUAGAGACCUAGAGCAAAGACCUGCAGAGGCAGGAGAUAGAAAACCACCAAGGUUCUCCAUCGAAAUUGAACAUGAUUGAAACAUCAUCAGAGAACACAUGCCAGCAACUUUUGAAUUUAGAACUUCAGGAUCCGUUAUUGCUUCAAUCUUGUUUGCUUUUGACUUCCAUCUUCACCUCUUUUGCAUUCUUUUUGACUUUUUUGGGUUUCACCCGUUCAUUCAAGUCGGCUCGCGGGAGUUGACUGGCCGACCGGACCCGUCGGACGCCGGACCCGUCGGACUGGCUCAAAGCGGGGCAGGGCGGUCGGACGCCGUGGGUGAGGCUCGGCGCGGUCAGAGGAGUUGGACAUGGCAGAGGGGGACACCCACCUGGCCAGGCGCUUUGGCUCAGUCGCCAGCUCACCUCCCUGCUUGGGCGUCCGCUCAGAGACGAGCUCAGUAGUCGAGGAUACAGCCUACGGAGCUGUGCCAUGCUGCGAGCGCUGGGACGAAGACUCUGAGAGCUGCUCGAUUUGCCAUGUCCUUCUGGGGCGAAGGCGGUUGCGUUUACGCCACCACUGCCGUAUUUGUGGGCGAUGUGUAUGCGGGCCGUGCUCGCCCAACAUGAUCACGGUACCGGGCUAUAGCAAAGACCUUCAGCGCGCAUGCACCCCAUGCCUGGCGAUUGCUCACAAAGCGCCAAUGCUGAAGUCGCGGCUCUCUCAACUAGGCGCCAAGCUGGUGAGCUUCUCCAGUAGCGAGCCGAAAGCCAUGACGAUCCCCAUUGAGAGUCUGGAUGGGAUGUUGGCGCUCUGUGAAGAUGCCUGCACGCCCUUGGAAGGACUCCAAGCUCGCCUUGCUGCAGCAGAAGCUGAGGCCAAACGAGUCACAGCCGAGCUGGAGCAGGAGAAGAUCCGCUGCAAGCGCCUGGAAGCACGACUCCGAAGUGCCACGGAGGGUGCUGUUGGCCUGGAGAAGCGGAUGUUGGAUUGGUUGCAGAAGGAGGCCGUUCCGGAGGUUCAAGAAGUGGAGGACACGAAGAAGCAGCUGCAGCCAAGAAGUCUGGAGCAAGCCAUGGAGGGCUGCAGCGCUUUGAUCUCCAGGCUUCAAGCGGUUCGGCCACCCUCAAGAGAAGCGCCCUGCCUGGGCGGCGGUGACUGGGAACCAGACAGCAGCCAAUGUGGGCUUUGCUCGGUCAGCCUGGGCAAGCGACACCUGAGGCCAAUGAUUCUGCGGGCGAUGUGUCUGCGGAAAGUGCUCGCGAAGCUUCAUUGCAUCGGAUCAGACUCCUGGGCAACGAUGCUGCUCCAAAUGCGUGCAGCCGGUGGUGCACUCCACCAGCUUGUGGAGACGACUGACUCGAAUCGCAGAUGCGCUGGCGGCCCCAUCAGCUCCAUGGGGCUGCGGCCUUGACCAGGUGCUGCGACAUUGUGAGGAGGUCCUGGCGCUUCCGCCGUUGGAACCGGGUGGCCGGUGCUAAGGUGGCUUGGAGGUGGAGCACGCAGGCCGAAAGGAACGGGUGCGAGACCUUCGAUGGAAGCUGAAUAGUUUCAAUUUGUUGUAUAUAUCCUAUCAAGGUGGCCCCCAG